CUUUGUUUACCGGAUAUGGGGUUUGCGGACGGGCAUGGCGGAGGUCAGCGGCUGUUUGAGGAGCGGAGCGCGCAAACUCUCUGUCGUUAUAACACCACGGAGACGUUAUCAUCGUCACCUGUCCGCGGCGGAUGAGUCUGCGAGCCCCGCCGGUUCCGACAGCACCCACGGAGAGAGCAGACCGCCGCGAGAGCGAGGGUACUGCACCGGGCCGCGCAAGGACAGCCCCGACCCUCCGCUCCGGAGCCCGACCGCCUACUACGACAUCCUGCGGGUGUCACCGAACGCCACGCCCGCGCAGAUCAAGAGCGCCUAUUACAAACAGUCCUUCAUCCAUCACCCGGACCGGAACCGGAGCGAGGACGCGGCGCGGCGUUUCGCGCUCGUCGCCGAAGCCUACGGCGUGCUCGGCGACAGCGUCCUCCGGAGGAGCUACGACCGCGGGACACUCGACCGGAGCGCCGGGAGACCGCCGUCCUCGCGCGCCACGACGCCGCCGCCUCCUCCUCCUCGAGCUCGCUUCGACUUCGACGCGUUCUAUCAGGCGCAUUACGGCGAGCAGCUGCGGAGAGAGGCGCAGACGCGGCGCGCGCGCGAGCAGAUGCGCGAGCUGCAGCAGCGCAGACUCCGAGUCUGGACACGGGAGAAGAUGAACGACGUGACCGUCGUGUUCCUGCUGCUCUUCGGAGCCGGCCUUCUCUUCAGCCUGAGGUCCUGAACCAAGAGACUGAUAACCGAGAAGAAGGCCGUCGCUGCUCCCCUUUUCCGUCACACUUUAAUUUAUUCAGUUGAUUGAAUAAAAAUGUAAUUUAAUAUACAUUACCAGUUAUUUUAAAUAACUGAAAUAUCUCUUCUGCUCAGCAAGUCUGAAUCUAUUCGAUCCGAAAA